UUGGUGAGGCGGAAGUAAGGAAUACAAAUAUUAAAAUCGGAACUUUUUGUUGUGAAUUUUGUCUGCUGGUUAAGCAGCUAUUAAAAUUAUCUUAGGAAAUCAUUUUUACGUUUGUUACGUUUUUUUAAGUAGAAAGGUAAGACAGCACAGGUAGCUAAUAAUUGUUGGUCGUACCGCCAUAGACGGGAUCUGUCAGACACUGCAUUCAUUCAGUGGGUUGGCAGCUUGCAGAGCUAUUAAACAGAAGGUCUGAACUUAAAAAGGAAAAAUACGCAAUUCAUAACUCUUUAAAUUGCAAGUUGUAUGAUGGCAGGUUUGCUCUCUACGCAAUAUAAUUCAACACUGAGCAAAUUAAAACUGUUAAGGAGUAACGUUAACCCUGCACUGUCAGUUCUAACGAGCACUCAGCGUAAAUACAGCAGCAAGGAUGGAGCUGGGUUUGAGUAUUUACACAAAAGUGUCGUCCCGACCAUGCACUACCAGAAGAGUUUACCAAGAUUACCAGUCCCAAAAUUGGAAGAUACAAUACGGAGGUAUUUGGCAGCUCAGAGACCUCUGCUGAAUGAUGAACAGUACAGUAAUACUGAGAAAGUAGCACAUGAUUUCCAGAGUGGUGUAGGCAAGCAGUUACAUGAAGAACUUGUGGCCUUUGACAAGAACAACAAGCACACCAGCUAUAUAUCAGCUCCAUGGUUUGACAUGUACUUGUCUGCUCGGGAGUCUGUUGUGCUCAACUUUAACCCCUUCAUGUCUUUUAACCCUGACCCCAAACCCGAGUACAACGACCAGCUUCUGCGAGCCACCAACAUGGUGUGCUCAGCCGUCCGGUUCAUGAAGACCCUUCGUGCUGGUCUACUCGAGCCAGAGGUGUUUCACCUUAACCCUGCCAAGAGUGACACAGAUAGUUUCAAAAGGCUGAUCCGAUGGGUGCCACCCUCCAUCUCAUGGUUUGGAGCCUACAUGGUGAACGCCUAUCCUCUGGAUAUGUCCCAGUACUUCCGCCUCUUCAACUCCACACGUAUACCCAAGUACAAGCGCGACGAGCUCUUCACAAACGACAAGGGCCGCCAUCUGCUCGUAAUAAGGAGAGGCAACCUGUAUGUGUUUGAUGCGCUGGAUCGAGACGGCAACCUGAUAAAGCCCGCUGAGGUUCAAGCUCACUUGAAAUACAUCCUAACAGACCCCACGCAAGCUCCUUCGUUCCCCUUGGGCGUUCUAACCAGUGAGAAUAGAGACACCUGGGCAGGGUUAAGACAGAAACUACUGGAUGCUGGAAAUGGAGAAGCUCUGCAGUUAGUAGACACUGCUUUGUUUUGCCUCUGCCUGGAUGAGGAGGUGAUGAGAGACCAUAUUCACAUUUCCCACAACAUGCUUCAUGGGGACGGCUGCAACCGCUGGUAUGACAAGUCCUUUAGUAUCAUCCUGGCUAAGGAUGGACAGGCAGCCAUUAAUUUUGAGCACUCUUGGGGUGACGGCGUAGCCGUUCUCCGCUUCCAGAAUGAGGUCUUCAAGGACACCACAGAGAAGCCUUUGGUCGGACCUGGAUCCCAGCCUGCAGCAGUGGACUCUUCCUCAGCGGUGCGCCGAUUAGAGUUUAAACUCAAUGAAGAGUUAAAAGCUGGAAUCACGAAAGCAAAAGAAAACUUCCAGGCUGCCGUGUCAAAGCUCACCAUUGACGCCAUGGAGUUCAAGAAAGGUGGAAAAGAGCAACUUAAGAAGAAGAAGCUCAGCCCGGACGCCAUCGCUCAGCUAGCUUUCCAGAUGGGCUUCCUACAGCAGUACGGACAAACGGUUGCCACAUACGAGUCCUGUAGCACUGCAGCCUUUAAACACGGGCGCACAGAAACCAUCCGUCCAGCUACCAUCCACACAAAGCGCUGUGCCAAGGCUUUCGUCGAGCAGCCUGGAAAGCACACUGUGGAGCAGCUACAGGGGCUGUUGAAUGAAUGCUCCAAAUACCACGGGCAACUGACUAGAGAGGCGGCAAUGGGUCAAGGCUUUGAUCGCCAUCUCUUUGCCAUGCGCUACCUGGCAAAUUCGAAAGGAAUGGCCCUGCCAAGUCUCUACCAGGAUACAGCAUAUGCUGCCAUAAACCACAACAUCCUGUCCACCAGUACUCUCACCAGCCCCGCGGUCAGUCUGGGCGGAUUUGCUCCGGUGGUGCCUGAUGGUUUCGGAGUAGGCUAUGGCGUCCAUGAUGAAUGGAUUGGGUGCAAUGUGUCCAGCUAUCCGUCCAGAAAUGUUCAUGAGUUCCUUAAGUGUGUUCACAAGUCCUUGGAAGACAUUUUUACAGUCCUUGACGGAAAACCCAUUCAUUAAAAGUGCACUUAAUGUGGUGAAGUUCAUUGAAGCACUUGGUAGGUGAAGUAGUGUGAAUUUAGAGCACUUCUGUUUUACUUUUAUUAGAUAAGGACUCAGUGUAACUGGUAAUGACAUGGUUAUCUUUAAAGGUUGAAGGUAGAACAAAUAAGCUUUGCACUGUGUGGACAAACAAAUGUGACUGUUUGAUAUUUAGCUAAUGCUUAAGGUAUUGAUCCAGAAGCAAAAAAUAACAUUUGUAAUGGGGUUAUAGGUAAUUCUGUGAAAAUGCUGAUGUCCUAAAAUGUACUGUAAUUGAAAUAUUUGCAGUGGAUCAAUGGGCAGCUUUAAUGUCAAUCAUCUUUGUCUCAGUGCAACAUGGAUAUAAUGUAAUACCAUGCACUGCAGAAUUCUGCAUUGUUUAAUUAUGUAAAAUAAUUGAAAGACCUGUCCUGUGCCUUAUAAGAUGUAUGAACAUGGAUAACUAAAUACUCUGACUGUACAUACUGUAACAAGCUUAAUAAAGAAAAAACCUAUGCUGAUUCA